UUAGCUGAUUAAUCACCUACUUCAGAGUGCUAAAUUUCGCUCCCAAACCGAUCGGCAGCCGUGCCAAGUGCGUUGUUUAAUUGGUUAAAAUAAGUUUUCAAAACUAAGUGAUAACAAUAUUUACAGCCCCAACAAACAACGACAACCAUUCAAAUCGAUGAUGACCGGAUGCGGCGGUAGAUGUCACCGGCGACGGAGGCAUUCUGAUGCUGCGGCGGCCGUCGGUUGGCGAAUCGAUCUCCGAUGGCUGCUAAUUAUGCUAAUUUUGAUUGUGGGACAGUGCGACUCGCAGAUGGGAAGAAGGAGGAACCGGAACGAGAGGUGUCCCAAGGUCCGAGCGAUGCGCAAUUUCGACCUACCGGCCAUGAUGGGCUACUGGUACGUGAUCCAGUACUUUGCCUCGUCGGAAACCCUGCCGGAGUACUCGUGCAUGCAGAGCUCCUUCGUCACAACGGACGGCUUGGUAACGAUGAACUUCACCUACUUCUUCUCGGACGAUCCGCUGAGAAACUUCCAACAGGGCAACAUCACCUGGGUGAUUCCGAACUUCGCCCAACCGGCCCAUUGGAUCCACGCCGAGUGGAGUUACGAAGAAAUCUACAACACCUACAUUAUCGACACCGACUACCAAUCGUGGGCCCUGAUCAUGCACUGUGCCGAGAAGACCAAAUCGCAAAAGUACCUCUCGGCGUUGAUGCUUUCCCGAUCGGCCGAGAUGACGCAGAAUGUUGUCAAUUUUCUGCGGGAGAAGCUGCCCCGGUACGACAUCGAUCUGAGCUACAUGUUUGAGAUUCCGCAGGAAAAUUGCACCCACCGGGAGAUGGAUCCGAAAACGUACUUCAAAUAUGAUGCAGAUUAGUUGUAGAGUUGGUCAGGUUAUAUAGGUAAC